AUGGCUGACCUCACAUGCACUGUCUCUGUCUGCAGGGUCACUGGAGGAGAGCUGUUCGAGGAUAUCGUUGCCAGGGAAUAUUACAGUGAAGCAGAUGCCAGUCACUGUAUUCAACAGAUCCUAGAGGCAGUACUCCAUUGUCACCAGAUGGGGGUGGUACACAGGGACCUGAAGCCAGAAAACCUGUUGUUGGCCUCGAAGCUAAAAGGCGCAGCUGUGAAAUUGGCAGAUUUUGGUUUGGCUAUCGAAGUGGAAGGCGAGCAACAGGCAUGGUUUGGAUUUGCUGGAACGCCGGGCUACCUCUCCCCAGAAGUGCUAAGGAAAGAUCCCUAUGGAAAGGCUGUUGAUUUAUGGGCCUGCGGAGUUAUUCUAUACAUCUUACUUGUUGGCUACCCACCUUUUUGGGAUGAAGAUCAGCACAGGCUGUAUCAGCAGAUCAAAGCAGGAGCUUACGAUUUUCCUUCCCCUGAGUGGGACACAGUAACUCCAGAAGCAAAGGACCUCAUUAACAAGAUGUUGACCAUAAACCCCUCAAAAAGAAUAACUGCUGCUGAAGCACUGAAACACCCAUGGAUUUCCCACCGUUCUACAGUGGCUUCCUGUAUGCACAGACAGGAGACAGUCGACUGCCUGAAGAAGUUCAAUGCCAGGAGGAAGCUGAAGGGUGCUAUCUUGACCACAAUGCUGGCAACCAGGAAUUUCUCUGGAGGCAAGAGUGGCAGCAACAAGAAGAAUGAUGGGGUUAAGGAAUCAUCAGAAAGUACAAAUACUACUAUUGAAGACGAAGAUACCAAAGUGAGGAAGCAGGAGAUUAUUAAAGUGACAGAGCAGCUGAUAGAGGCUAUUAGCAAUGGCGACUUUGAGUGUUACACUAAGAUGUGUGACCCUGGAAUGACAGCGUUUGAGCCUGAAGCACUGGGAAACUUGGUGGAAGGUCUAGACUUCCACCGCUUUUACUUUGAGAAUUUGUGGUCACGGAGCAAUAAACCUCUUCACACAACCAUCUUGAACCCUCAUAUUCACCUGAUGGGGGAUGAGUCCGCAUGCAUUGCUUAUAUCCGCAUAACCCAAUACCUGGAUGCCAGUGGUGUUCCCCGAACUGCCCAAUCAGAGGAGACAUGUAUUUGGCACCGUCGUGAUGGAAAAUGGCAAAAUGUUCACUUUCACCGAUCAGGAGCCCCUUCAGUCCUCCCACAGUAA